AUGUAUUAUGAUCCUUAGACUGAUUUGUUGAACAUAGAGCUCACAAAAAGGGAAUCUUAAUAGAUGCCUUUAAAAAACUAAUAUUUUAAAAAAUUUGAAACUGAGUUUAUUGCAGAACCUUGGGAUGUGCCCAUUGUCCCUGUAUAGAAAAAGAAUCAAAAUACCAGAUUGAUAUAUUCUAAAUAAUCAAAAUCUCAUAUACAACCCAGGCAGUUAAGCAAUGAAACGCCCCAUACUCCUUAAAGACCUAAGAGUUGUCAACAAAAAAAUUAAUUUAUAGAUCUGGGAAUACCUGCUGCUACUCCUACUUAUGCUAAAAUUAUACAAAGGAUGAUUAUAACUGCACCACGAAAAUCCUCUAAGAAAAACUCAAACAAUUAAAAUCGACAAAAAUGUAUAUAGAGUAUGCUGGUAGCUUAAAAAUAAAAUAGUUAAAUAUAAAAUUUGGUACUCUCAUCAAGUGAUUAAAGCAACCAUAUAUCUUAAAUCAAUCCUUUAAUUCAAAAAAUUAAACCCAAUCAAGAACAAUAGUUUAACAAGUGUAAAUUUAAACUUAAAAAAUUAUUAAACUGA